GGAAGCCCAUCCCUUAACUUGCUCCCUUCAUUUGCAUUCAGUCUGCUUUUGUAACUGCAGGGUUCCAGCUUGACUCUUACUGGAAAGAAAAUCACUUCCUUACCAUAUGAUCAAUCAUGUGACUAAUUCAAAAAGCACAGAAACCUGAACGGUUAGUGAGGCGUUGCAGUUACCUUGGUUACCAGUGCCAGUCUUACACUCCACAACUGAGUGACCAACUGGAACAGGAGGAAACAGGGUGCUGCGUCAAGCAAGUGACGCAACCAGUCGAUUGGGCAGAGGGCUUGAAAGCUACAGGGAGCACAGACGGUGUACAUAACAUUAAAUAUCCAACAUUUGUUUCCGGCUUAUUACAAAAUGGCAGCUUUGGAAGUUGAUUUUCUCAGAGAUCAAGUUCAAAGAUUAAGAGCUGCUCUCAGGCAAUAUGAAGACCAAAAUCAGUCUGGUUUCCCCUUUUCACAGGGUGACAGUGUCCUAAUCAAUGACCAAUUGGCAACAUCCCAGAUCACAGAGAAGAGCAACAUGUUAAUUGGAGAAUUUGAUAAACACACUGAAGAGAUGAGUGAACAACUUAAUAUUUAUCAGGCAGAAAUAGGGGAGAUGAGGCUAAAGCUUGAAAAUAUUAUCAGGGAAAAUGAAAGGCUUCAUGAACAGUUAAAAGACGCACUAGAGAAGCAGCUGGAAUCUCUUCCUACCGGUACUGGUUUGUCCAAUGAUGUAUUUACAGAAAAAGAAUUGAUUAAAAACCUACAGGAGCAAGUGAAACUUGCCAACCAAGAAAAAGAAAACGCGUUAGAACUCUGGCAGACAGUUACACAAGAAAUGGAUCGCCUGCAGCAUCAAUAUCACGAGCACAUGACUCAAGCCCAUAUGCAUGUUUUAGAAAGACAAAAGCAAAAGGAGCAGUUAGUUAAUCUUCAGCAAGUAGCUAAACAACUUCAGGGGGCUUAUGAAAAAGUCGAGAGGACAAAUCAUCAGUUUCUACAAACCAUUAAUGACCAACGACUGGAAAUUGAAAAGCUUGGAAAAUCACUCCGGCAAGCCAAGCAGGACGUACGAGUAGCAACAGUGAAAUCUGAAGAAAUGACCAGACUUACAGAAAAUCUUCAUCAGCAAUUACAGAGAAAGGAAGAAGAGGUGUUAGCUGCUCAGGGUAGGGAGGAGGCAUCAGAUAAACGGCUGAAACAACUUCAAUCUGCACUAGCAAAAUUAGAAACCAGGUUAAGAGUUACCAUUCAAGAUACAGGCCGAUUAAAAGAAGAAAGAACAGCAUUAGAGAAACAUAUUGCGGAGCUUCAAGUAAAGUGUUCAAGACUAGAAGAGGAGAAAUAUGAGGCUGCCUUAAGGAUACGUGACAGCAUAAAGCUCUUAGAAGAAACUAGGCUGCAGAAAGACCAGGCACUGUUAAGAGAAAAGCAAAAGCAGGAGGAGAUUGACAAUAUGAAAGAUUCUGUAACUAAGCUAAUUCAAGAAGCUGCUGCAAGAACACGAAAAGAGGUAGAGACUGUGAAAAAACAUUGCAAUAUUCAGAUUUCACUCCUGACUGAAGAACUUUCAGCACUUCAAAUGGAAUGUGGGGAUAAGCAGAGUCUGAUUGAUCGUGCCAUAAGAGACAAACGUGCAGCAGAAGAAGAGCUAGAAAGGGUGUAUCGUGAAGCGGGGGUAAAUGAGAGAGACUGCAGAAAACUGGACGAACUGCACCAGAGAUGUCUGAUUGCAGAAUGUACUAAAGAUGACCUCCAGAUUAGCCUGCAUGCUGCACAAAAUAAAAUCAGACAAUUGGAGAUUAAAUCUGAGGAAGAGUUGUCACGACAUCAAGAAGCUAUACAGACACUAAACAACACUUUGGAAUCUGAAAGAGAAUGUUUUGUUUCUGUGAGUGAAGAGAGGUUAAAACUUCAGCAAGAGAAUGAACAGCUACGGAAAGAUGUAGAGGAAUGGAGAAAGUCUGCUUUGGAUGUGCAACAAAAAGUCAAAUUUCAGAUAAGCACAAUGGCACAUGAAUUUUCUAUGAAAGAACAAGGAUUUGAUGUACAGUUGAAUGAAAUGGAGGAGAGUCAUCGAAAUUCCAUAAACGAGCUGAGAAAAACAAUUACUGCUCAACAAAAAGUUACGAGUCGAUGGAAGGAAGAGACCAGGAAACAAACAGAAAGUACUGAGGCCAGGAUGGAAAGUCUGCGAUCUCAGCUCUCAGAAGUGAGUUAAAUCGGAAAAAAACAUCAUAAUCAAGAACUGAUCUCUCAGCUAGACAAUGCUCAAGAAAAGAACUUUGAGCUUGAAAAAUUAGUAACAGACUAUGAAGAGAAAACGAACAGACUUCAAAACCGCCUAGAUAAAGCAGAAGAGAGAUCCACAUCAUUGUCUAAACAGGUAUAA